GGCUGGCCUUGCACAUGUGGGUGGCCUCAUCCAUGUGGGUGGCCUGGCACAUGUGGGUGGCAUUGUACAUGAUAUUCACGACCAGCACCUCUUCGGCGGGAUUGGAAACUUGUGCCCGACCCCCCUCGAAAUCAAUACCGCCUCAUCGUCCAGCCGCCCAGUCGACCACUUGUUGCAUUCAAUCCAUCGCCAUAGAAGUACGCUGUCUUCAUGUUGGUACCUGAGGCAAAGAUGCCGGACACAAACAUCGCCGUGGGAGACCACCGGGACCUCCUGGACAUCAUCGACAGCCUUCGUUCGCAGGGAGUCAGCCACUAUGUCGACCUACCUGAGAUCAUCGUCUGCGGGGACCAGUCUGCGGGGAAGAGUUCUGUCCUCGAGGCCAUCUCCCGCAUGCCAUUCCCCACCAAGGACGGUCUCUGCACUCGUUUCGCCACCGAGCUGGUCCUUCGACGGGGCCCCGACACGAACACUAAAGUGUCCAUCAUUCCGAGCGAAACUCGAUUUGGAGAGGAUAGGGAAAUCCUCAAGAGUUGGCAACCUAAAGCGGACAUUGGCACGGAAGGGCUGGGCUCAGUGACGGAAGAGGCGGAGCGCGUCAUGGCUGACCCGACUGCCGCCGCCACUGCCGCCGCCACUGCCGCCACCGCUGGCGGAAGCACCAGCAGAGGCAGGGAGUUCUUCGACGACAUCCUCCGCGUCGAGCUCACCGGGCCAGAGCAGCCUCACCUCACCAUGGUGGAUCUCCCCGGCCUCUUCAGGAGGGGAAACAAGGAGCAAUCCGACGCCGACGUCCACAUCGUCCGCGACAUGGUGGAGCGGUACAUGGCGCGGCCGCGCAGCAUCAUCCUCACCGUUGUCUCGGCCAAGUACGAGUACGUCCUGCAGGACGUCACGUCGAUGGCCAGACUUGCCGACCCAGAAGGGCUGCGCACCAUGGGCCUCGUCACCAAGCCUGACACCUUGGACGUCGGCUCCGACUCGGAGAGUUACUUUGUUCGUCUGGCCCAGAACAAGGAGGAGGAGCUUCGUCUCGGCUGGCACGUUCUAAAAAACCGAAACUUCGACGAGCUUAAGCGCAGUGUUAGCUCGGCCGAACGCGACAAGAUCGAGAGUGAGUUCUUCUCCAAAGGGUUGUGGGCUUCCAUCGACGCCUCCCACUGCGGAGUGGCGGCCCUGAGGACGAGGCUCAGCGCGUUGUUGAGGGACCAGAUUCUCGACCAGCUCGAGAGCCUUGUGCAGGAUGUGAAGGUUGGCAUUGACGACUGCGAUGCUAGGUUGAAGCGACUGGGGCCAGAACGGGAAACCCGCCAGCAGCAGCUGAGCUACCUGCUGCGCGUCAGCGAGGAGUACACGUCGCUGGCGACGCAGGCGGUUGAGGGUACAUACACCGCGUAUCAUUUCUUUGGCAAGCGGAAGGAGAUCGACAAGUUCCGAAGAAGGUUGAGGGCCGUGGUGCAGUGCCGACUUCGUGAAUUCGCCGAUGAGAUGCGGCUGAACGGCCAGAGCCAGUUCAUCGUCGACUCGGAGGAUGAGGAUAGCAGAGACCGCGAAAUCCGAGACUCGCCUCGGAUCUCCCGGUCUGAAUAUGUAAAGGACGUUGCGAGUCGCCUCAAGUACAGCAAAGGUCGAGAACUUCCAGGUCUCUUCAACCCGCUAGUUGUUAGCGACCUAUUCGUCGCGCAAUGCGAGCCUUGGGAGAGGAUUACGAGCCUCCUGGUGGAGGACAUACUGGAAGCCGCGCAUCAGACAACCCAGGAGAUAGUCGAGCACAUUACCGCGAGCGAUGUUUCUGAAGGCGUUCUAAGAUCUGUUCGCCAGGGAAUCGAGGAGCUGAAGGUCGACCUGGACGCUCAAGUCCACGAGCUGCUUGAUUCCGUCGUGCAGCAUACCAUCACGUACAAUCCCCAGCUCACCGAGACCGUUCAGCGAAUUCAGCAGGACAGACGCAGACGCAAGGUCCAAAAGCUAAUCCGCCAGACGUUUGGACUGCACACCUUCGAUGAUGCGGACAAAAAGAUCAUGGUGAAUCCAAUACAGCUCUUGAACAUUACUGGAGAGGGAGUCGAGCUCGACAUGGAGCAGUUCGGGAGCGCUUUAGCGGUGGACUACAUGGAGGCUUACUACGAGGUAGCGUUGAGAAGGUUCAUCGAUGACGUGAGCGUCUUGGCGAUUGAGAACCGUCUCGUUGACAAGAUCCCGACACUUUAUCGAUCGAGCGGUUUCCCGGAGAUGAGUGAUGAGGACUUAUCCCAUCUCGCAGGAGAAACCCCAGAAUCUUCCCAAGAGAGAAAACGUCUGGAAGCAAAACAAGCGAUUCUCAGGACAGGGCUCCAGAGCUUGAAGAGCCUACAGAAGCGCGGCAAUGUGGCCAAGCCGACCAAACAGGAUCGUAAGGGGUUACCGGAGGAUUCAGCAGGAACGUCCGCUCGGACACCAAGCCGGUCGGGAAGGUCCAGUGUUGAUAGCUGACAUACCCGGAAGUAAACACCUCACCUCUGGGUAUGAAACAAGGAGGUACUUGUUGUUGGUCUAUUCAUUAUGCAUCCUACUUGUUGAGUGUUAAACGGGUGGACAUCUACAUCGAGGUUGGUUGGCAGUGAGGUGGCCAGGCGGGACGCGCCCAACACACUAUAC